AUGACACAAAUUGAAUCUAAAACACUUGAAAAUUUAACAGAUGAUGAUGACGAUGAUGAUCAAUUAAAUUCUUCGAAUAAAAUCAUUCCAACUGCUUAUAAAUCAAAUCAAUCAGAACUCAACGAAGAAGACACUUCAAAAAUAAAUAAUCAAUCGGAUUUUGAUAUCGAAAAUUUAAUAAAAUUAGAUUUAAAAAACUUUAUUAAUAAAUCAAUUCCAAAAGAAUAUGAAAAUUUUAUUCAAUGUCAUAUAAAACGUGAAAAAGAUGGUUUUUCAACAAUAUAUUCUUUAUAUUAUAUUGGACAAAAUGAAGAUGAUCAAAUUUUACUUUUAAAGGCACGAAAACAUGUAACAAUUGGUGGGCAUUCAGAAUUUCUUUUAGAAAUUUCUCUGGAAAAUUCCUUAACAAAAUUAAAUGAUGAAACAUCAAUUGCAAAAUUAAGAUCGAUAAAAAUUCUUCAACAUGAAUAUGUUCUUUAUGAUUAUGAAAAUAAUCAAGAAAAUAAACCACAAAUACUUGCCAUUAUUUAUGAUGAACAUAGAUUUGGAUCAAAAGAACCUCGAAAAUUCACAGUAUUGUUACAUAAUACAAAAGAAGAUCUUCGACAAUUCAAAGAAAAUGAAACAAUAAUUGAUGAAUGGCGAGCUGGACGUUCAAAUGAUUUAAUUGAAAUAAAAAAUAAAAUUCCAACAUAUAAUCAAGAAUUUCAAGUCUAUAGUCUUCCAAUGUUAAAUAAUCAUAUAAAAGAAGGAUCACAUAAAAAUUUUCAAUUAAUUUAUUUAAAUGAACAUAAUGAAGAAGAUAUAAUUAUGGAAUUUGGUCAUAUUAAUGAAAAUAGAUUUUCUCUUGACUAUCGUUAUCCACUAACAACUAUAGAAGCAUUUUCUAUUGCAUUAAGUUCUUUUCAUGAUCGAUUUCGUACUUAA